AUGAUUCGUUUAGAGGAGAUUUGCGUGGACCCAUCGGCUCCAGAAUUUGCAAAGCCGCAUCCCAAACAGGAGAGUAUCUGGGGACAGCAGUACCCACGACCCUUCAAUAUGGCUAAUCUGAAGGAGUAUCCAGCCAUUGGUGAAGAAAUAGAAGCGUGGAAGCAAGGAAUCAAGAUUGCAAGAAGGUUGGAGAGGUCCGUUGGAAUGAUACCUACUGUUAGUGCUCAAGAUAAAACCAUAACGAUGAUGACAAUGACAAUGAUGGUCAUCAGGAAUGUGAAAGUGUUAGUAGCUGUCUGGAUAACGAUGGCCAACAUAAUGAGGCAAAUGUACUUUAUGGCAACUAUUGGUUUUACCGUCCCUUUGAGUGCUUAGGGAACACAUUCUGUUUCAACCAGGACGAAGACGAUGAAGACCCCGACUGUUCCCUUACCUCUUGUGACGAAGAGGAUAUGAGUGCUGGAGGUCCAACAGCUUCAGGUAAAGCAACAAUUUACCAAUACAGCCGUAUUUAUGUCCACUUUUAGAAAUUGCCAAACCUUUAAAAAGUUAAUAUUAGCGUUACUUUUCAUAUGGAAAGAUUUAAUCACAGGCACUGCUGUAUUGUUUUCAGAUGAACUGCAGCCACUUUGUGAGGGUCUAGAUGAUGUGCUACCCCUCUUUCAUGGCCUAGGGGAGCUUGAUUCAGAUGAGUUGUUGAAUGCUGAAGUGUGUUUGCCUAACCAGGGAAAGAUUUCUCCCAAAGUUGCCAUUCCUGGUAGGAACGAAGAAUUCUACAAGACAACGCUGGUUUCUCUAUUAAAUGAGGAUCCACAAUUAUCUCACGACACGUAUUACCUUAAAAAUUAUUCUAGACAUUGGGCGACACGGUUUUGUUAUAAAACAAUUGUCAAUUAACAAUCAGAGCAUUAUAGAAUCAACAGAAUAAUAACGCACAAUUUGUAUUUUUUGUUGCCUUGUUUGUUACAUAUUGCAAAGGGUUCGUCAACGCCGAGAAUAUAGAAAUUCAGGAGAUGCACCACAUCUUCAGGAUGCCGACCCUAGUAGAGUUGCUUUGUUUAACGAUUAUGCGGUAUUGGACAGACAAAACAAAACAUAUGUGAUUAGUAGUCUUGUCCGUCUUGUUCAAGUUGGAGACCAUGGAUGUCAAGAGAAUAAAAGAUCUGUGGCAUACGAUGACUCGAAGAAAGAAAGUAUCAAGUGUUUCUUCCAAGGUCACCAUAAGAUUGGACAGAACUCUUUUGAGGUUUCUACAGCCAAGGCUUUUGAAUUCCCAUUCACCGAUAUCCUGAUGCAUGUUAACCUGGCAGUCUCUGAUUCAGGCAGUACACUCGAUAUCCCUGAAGAGGAGCACAGGGAAGUCCAGCAAACCGUGAAGAAAGUGUUUGAGCAACGGAGAUCAAGGAGGACUAUCACAACCACUUUAGGAUCUCUCUCAAGCACAGCACACGAUAGGUUCAUCGGCAGUGACGAUGGAAGGGUGGUAGUUCAAGUUGAGCCAGAGCAGCAAACUGAGGGAGGCCUGCGAAGGUCCACCAGAAGACGCCACGCGAUUGUGUACGAUUCCUAA